GACAAUGUUUCAAGGACAAUGAAGCAUGUGGUAAAGAUAUUGAGCUUGCUAGUGGCUGCUUCUGCCUUUUGGAUUGCUCUUUUGCAGGCUGCAAUUAUUCCGCCAAGUCAUACAUGGUUGCUACCAAUUUACUUUGUAGUGACACUUGGAUGCUAUGGUCUAUUAAUGGUAGGAGUCGGGAUAAUGCAGUUCCCUACCUGUCCUGAGGAAGCACUUCUCUUGCAGCAUGAUAUUGCAGAGGCAAAAGACUUCUUAAGCGCAAACGGAAUCGAUAUUAUAUCGGGUUGA